AUGACCGCAAACGAUUCUCACCCGCCCACCAAGGCCAGCCUCAAGUCCUGGUGGAACACCUUCACCUUCGCACAGCGCGCCAAAAAGGAGGCUGAGGAGAAGAAAGGGGAGAACGUAGUGUUCGGCAAGCCACUGAAGGAGAGUCUUAAGUAUGCGAGCGUGCAGAUCUCCACCGCGAAUGCCAACGGCGAGCUGUACGUGUGGGGGUACAUCCCCGUCGUCGUCGCCAAGUGCGGGCUCUACCUCAAGGAAACCGCGACGGAGGUGGAGGGUACGUUUCGCGUGAAUGGUUCGAACAAGCGCAUGCGCGAGCUGCAGGCGCAGUUUGAGUCUCCGCCGCGAUACGGAAAGAACAUUGAUUGGAAAAAGGAAUAUUACACGACGCACGACGUCGCGAGCGUGUUCCGGAGAUUUCUCACACAAAUGCCCGAAUCUGUGAUACCCCACGACAUGUACCAUUAUUUCCGCGAUGCCCUCGCGAAGAACCCCCACAACCAGGACGAGGUGAUCGCGACGUACAAGCGGCUGAUCCGGUCGAUGCCGCGCGCGAACCAGUACCUACUGUUAUACGUGCUCGACCUCCUCUCCGUGUUCGCGCGCAAGGCGGACAAGAACCUCAUGACCGCGAAGAACCUCGCGGUGAUCUUCCGACCCGCCCUGAUCGCGCACCCGAGCCAUGAGCUCUCGCCGCCCGAGCACCAACUGAGCCAAGACGUGCUCGAGUUCCUGAUCGCGCACCAGGACUGGUUCAUGCUUGACAUCCCGUCGCCGCCCGCGCGGCCCGCCGAGGGCCCGACGGCGCUCGGCGAGCCCGUCGACAUCAUGCCGAGCUCGGACGAGGAGCAGCCCGGCGGGUGGAAGCUCGUGAACAAGGACGCGUCGAUGCGCCGCAUCACGCGACGGCGCACGACCACGGAGCGUGCGGGCGGCGAUAAAUUGCAGCCUGCGGCCGGGCUGUCACCCGUACUUGAAUCGCCGCCGUCGCGCACGGAGAGCUCUGCGGUGAGUGUGACGCGGAGCCACACGCUGCCAUCGAAGGCUCGGCGGGGAGAUACGCUGGCUGCACACGAGGACGAGCGGCACGCAGCGAAGGUGCUCAAGAAGCAUAAGCGUGCGUCGAUGCAGACACGGCGGCCCGCAACGAGCGAUCCUGCCGGUUGA